CAAGAUUUUGGUAGCAGGGGGGCUGCAGGAGUGGCCUCUGUGAGAAGAAACCAGGGGCUGCCCUCAUGUCAGACAGAGCCAGUUCCAGCCAGCUCCAAAAUGGACCCACUGCAGGCCAAAGCUGAGCCAAUCAGCGAAGCUGGUGGCACCUCUGUGAUAACAUAUUUAAGAAAGGGCAAAAAAUUACUGUGUAGCAGUUGUGAGAGAGAGGAGCGAGGAAAAAAUGUGAGAGAAACAACCUUGAAGACAUCAAGGUCAGAGAAGAAAGAGGAGGAGGAGGUGCUCCAGGCACCAGAGCAGAGAUUCCCCUGCAGCCCGUGGAGAAGACCAUGAUGCAGGUUGUCCCCCAGCAACCCAUGGAGAGGACCACAUGCCAGAGCAGGUAUUCCCUGCAGCUCAUGGAGAGGACCAUGCUGGAUGCAGCACAUGGAGGACACCGUACUGGAGCAGGUGGAUGUGCUCUGAAGGAAGUUGCAGCCGGUGGAGAGCCCAUGUUGGAGCAGGGUCCUGGCAGGAGCUGCAGCUCAUGGGGGACCCAUGUUUGAGCAGUCUUUUCCUGAAGGACUGUACCCCAUGGAACAGAACCAUACUGGAGCAGUUCUUGAAGAAAUGCAGCCCGUGGGAAGGACCCCACGCUGGAGCAGGGGAAAAGCAUGAGGAGGAAGGAGCGCCAGAGAGGAACUGUUACAAACUGACUGCAACCCCCAUUCCCCAUUGCCCCAUCGCCACUCAGGACAGGGAGGAGGAGACAGAAGAGUCAGGAACAAUAGAGUGAAGUUGAGCUUGGGAAGGGGGAGGGGAAUGUGUCUUCAGUUUUGUCUUUGUUUCUCACCAUCUUACUCUAUUUUUAAUUGGCAAUAAAUUAAAUUAAUCUCCUCCAAGUUGAGUCUGUUUUGCCCAUGAUGGUAAUUGGUGAGCAAUCUUCCUGUCUUUAUCUCGACCCACAAGCUUUUUUUCAUCUUAUUUUCUUCCCUUGUCCUGCUGAGGAGGGGGAAUGAGUGAGUGGCUUGGUGGGCACCUGGCAGCCAGCCAAGGUCAAUCCACCACAGUAAUAUUAAUCCAUGCUGGACGGUAGGUAGUAAUAGUUACUCUAUUGUUAUGAUUUGACAUCAUAAAGCAGAUGCUUUCUUCUCAGAAGUAUGUCUUACAAGUAUUCUGCUAUUUUGGCUAUUGUUAAUUUUGCAGAAUAAAGAUAGCCAGAGGGGAAUGAGGAAAAUCCUUUCAUCUACGAAAGAAUUUUAUGAUAUGCAGUCUGGAGAUUGUAUUACUGGUGACAAUACUUGAUCCGUGAUUCUGUAAAUAUCUUUCAAUUAAGUUUAGAAAGCUUGAAGUAGAAGUUUCCUUUAAAAGUCAUCUAGCUGCACAGUAUCAUGUUUAGUCACUGUUGUGAAUAAUAUUGCUUUUAAGAUGCCUUCCAUCUCAUUGUUCUAUUUGGGAGUCAAAGCGUUCUGUUUCUAUAUGCUUCAUAAAUUCUAUCAGUUUUCCUUCCAUAAACAGCAUGUUUUGUUUUCCACACAGACCUAUGGUCAAGGGAUUGAAUUAAUCUGUCAAAACCAAAAAGAGUUUGUGAAGAGCUCUGUAGAAUCCAAAUGGAAUCUAGCAGAAGCCCAGCAGAAACUUGGUAGUUUAGCACUGCAUAAUUCAGAAUCCAUGGAUCAGGAAUAUGCUAAAGCACAGACUGAAGCUUCAGAACUGAGACAUAGAGAGGAAGAGUGGAGAAGAAAAGAAGAAGUGCUAAUACAGAGGGAAAGACAGAAUCUAUGGAAUACAGAUUCUUUUAGUAAGGAGGUAUUUAAUAAGAGUUUUAUUAGUCAAUAUAAAAGAAAAGAAGUAGAUGAUGAAGAUAUAUCCAAAUCACUUAUACAGAAGCAUGAACAAAAGAUUAGAUACUUUGGUAUGCUGGGCAGAUGGGAUGACAGUCAAAGAUUUUUGUCUGACCACCCGUAUCUUGUAUGUGAAGAAACAGCUAAAUAUCUCAUCUUAUGGUGUUUUCAUCUAGAAGCUGAACAGAAAAGAGCUCUGAUGGAACAAAUAGCACACCAAGCAGUUGUGAUGCAGUUUAUUAUAGAAAUAGCCAGAAGUUGUAAUGUGGAUCCAAGAGGCUGUUUUCGUCUAUUUUUCCAAAAAGCCAAAGCAGGAGAAGAAGGCUAUUUGGAAGCUUUUAAAACUGAGCUUGAAGCAUUCAAAUCAAGAGUGAGAAUCUGUUCACAGUCUCAAGGGUUUCAAGCUAUGUCAGUACAGAAUCCUAGUGUCUAUACUGGUAUUGUAGAAGGACUGGAGUCUUUGUCACAGGAUGCAAAUGAUCUACAAGGUUGCAUAAACAGAAGUGUCUGCGACUUAAACUCAAUGCUACAAAAAGAUGAAGAACCCAAAAUGAUGGACACAGUAUAGCACUGUUAAGACUGAGGCAAAGUACUCUUUUUUUAUUACAAAGAAAAGAAUGUGGCUAUUUUCUUGACACAUUUUUAUGGGUAUUGCACUUUAUUUUUGGUGCUUUGAGUGAGGGGGGAUUUGGAGGGAGGGUAAUCCGGAAAUACUUGUAAUAAUGUUUGAAAAUGUGCUGCUAGGUUUUUGGUUGUCUAUGAAGAAUGGGGUUCUCAUUGCCAAAUGUGAAACUGGAUGUGUUUUAUGCUACUAAAUUUGCCUUUCAUGAAUUUGGGAAUUAAAGUAUGAAAAAGAAAUUACAUAAAUACAAUGUUUACAAUAAGUGCUAGAUUUCUGGUGGAAUCUCUUAUGCUCUUAAAUCUGGUUUUAUCAUUAAUAGCAAUAAAUUGGUAUGACAUCAGUACUGCAGAUCUGGAUGGCGUCAAUUAAAACACUGGCUCUCUACCUCUUCUAAGAGGAUUUAAAUGUCACAUUUUGCUUUCAUAAAAAAAAUCUUGUGUGUUGUUCCCCUCCUCCCCUGUAUUGGGUUUUUGUGGCAAGGUUUUGGUAGCAGGGGGGUUACAGGGGUGGCUUCUGUGAGAAGCUGCUAGAAGCUUCCCCUAUGUCUGACAGAGCCAAUACCAGCCGGCUCUAAGACGGACCCGCCGUCGGCCAAGGCCGAGCCAAUCAGUGAUAGUGGUAGCGCCUCUGUGAUAACAUAUUUAAGAAGAGAAAAAAGUUGCGACGGGCACAGAAACGGCAGCCGGAGAGAGGAGUGAGAACAUGUAAGAGAAACAACCCUGCAGACACCAAGGUCAGUGAAGAAGGAGGGGGAGGAGGUGCUCCAGGCGCCGGAGCAGAGAUUCCCCUGCAGCCCGUGGUGAAGACCAUGGUGAGGCAGGCUGUCCCCCUGCAGCCCAUGGAGGUCCACGGUGGAGCAGAUAUCCACCUGCAGCCCGUGGAGGACCCCACGCCGGAGCAGGUGGGUGCCCGAAGGAGGCUGUGACCCCGUGGGAAGCCCACGCUGGAGCAGGCUCCUGGCAGGACCUGCGGAUCUGUGGAGAGAGGAGCCCAUGGAGCAGGUUUUCUGGCAGGACUUGUGACCCCGUGGGGGACCCACGCUGGAGCGGUGUGCUCCUGAAGGACUGCACGCCAUGGAAGGAACCCACGCUGGAGCAGUUCGUGAAGAACUGCAGCCUGUGGGAAAGACCCACGUUGGAGAAGUUCGUGGAGGACUGUCUCCUGUGGGAGGGAUCCCACGCUGGAGCAGGGGAAGAGUGUGAUGAGUCCUGCCCCUGAAGAGGACGAAGCGGCAGAGACAACGUGUGAUGAUCUGACCGUAACCCCCAUUCCCCGUCCCCCUGCGCCGCUGGGGUGGGGUAGGUAGAGAAUCCGGGAGUGAAGCUGUGCCUGGGAAGAAGGGAGGGGUGGAGGGAAGGUGUUCUGAGAUUUGGUUUUAUUUCUCAUUACCCUA